AUGGCAGCGCCGUCCGCUGGCAUGGGGAUGGGUAUGGGUUCCGCCUGGCUUUGCCUUCGCGGGCAGACGUGGCGUAAAUGUGUCAACGCUGCAGCUUUAAAAAACAACUCGACGCGGUCCAGCGGCGUGGGGCAACAGCGUAGAAGCAGCAGCCACGUGCUGCGGACCGCUGCCAGCGCCGCCCCGUCACGCGCAGUAGCGCUCUGGCGACGUCGACUGGAUUUGCGCUCGGACCUGAGCUCGCUGAGUGCAGGACAACAACAACAACCACAACAACAAAAACGAACUAUAUUAAACCGGACAGGCGCCGUAGCCUGGCCAGCCCGGCGCUGGCACUCGUCAUCCGCACGACUUGAGUCAUCCGAGCCAGACGAGCUGGCCGCUUUCACCCGCACGGCCAUGGAACCCUCGGACGUCACCGCUGCGUUGGUUGCAAAGGAGGACCGGGCAGAAAGCGGGAGCAGCGAGCCGUCUCACUUCGAGGGAGAUGGCCUCCAGGCUAGCGAGGCCCAGAGUCGCCCUCCACCGCACGCCAAAGGCUUUGGCAUUCAGCUGCACAAUGCCAUGCACUCAGCCUUGGCACGCCUGGGUAUUCACCGUGCCACCGACGUGCAACGUCGCGCCGUGAGCAAAAUUGCCGAGGGCGUCGACGUUCUCAUCACCUCGGAAACUGGGACCGGCAAAACCUUGGCCUAUCUUCUUCCGGCCCUGGCUCGAGUCAUUGCCAACGACUUUCGCGCCCACCAAGUCCUCAUUCUCGUACCCACCCGGGAACUGGCCGUCCAGGUCUACCAGCUGACCCACGAACUCCUCAAGGAUGUCCGCGGCAUCAAGGCCGGCAAAGCCAUCAACUGUUUGGCCCGUGGUCUGCUGGGUGAGAACAAGCAGCUGUCGGAGCGCCACCCGUUUCUGCAGGAGAUUGACAUGUGCAUUUUGGACGAGGUCGAUCAUCUCCUGGACCCCCUGAGCUCAACGGCCAGCCAGCGUCAGAAGAUGCGCCGGCAAAAGCACCCGCGUCCCGCCAGUCAGGUCUUGGAUCGCGUGUAUUUUGGCCGGGAGGUCAAGUAUACAGAGGAACGCGACGAUCUGGAGCCGCUGCGCCGAACUGUGCAGUUGGUCGGGGCCUCGGCCACGCUGGGUCAGCGGGUGAAGCGUGAGCUGCGUCACAAGCGCUGGACGCGCAGCUACGAGAUGGUCAAGUGCAGCGAGAAGAUGCUGGCCAUGCCCACCUCCAUUGUGCACACGGUCAUGUCGCGCUAUGACAUGGAGCAGGUGGGCCGUUCUUUCGGGCCCAACAUGAGCGCUGAGGCGGUGGAGGCUGCGCAGGCCAUGCCAAGCAGCAACGAGCUACUUGAGGACGUCUUGGCCGUCCUACGUUCGGCUCGGCCCGCAUCGGCCUUGCUCUUCGUGCCAACCUCGGUCCCCAUUGCCGACGUGGUGGCGAUGAUCGCGUCGCAGGCCGUGGACCCGAGUCGACCGGAUUCAGCGCUGCGCUUUUCGGCCGUGGCCCUCUAUGCUCACGUACACUUGGUCAAGCCCACUGAGGCGGAGCAGGGGCGCCAGAUUUUGUUGCAGCGCGUGGCUGCCGCUACGCCCGACGCACCCUUGAUCGUGGUGGCCAACAUGGAUGCCGUGCGCGGCCUGGAUCUGCCCGGUGUGGAGUUGGGCCUCUUGGUGGGGACGCCACGUGAUUCGGUGGACUACCUGCACAUUGCCGGGCGCGUUGGUCGCAACCAACGCCGCGGCGUCGUGACCACAAUUGCCUACAACCUGCACCAAGGGGCGCGCAUUCAGCGCCUGGCCAAACAGCUCGAUCUCAAGCUUUUGCACAUGCGCAUCGAUGAAAACGCGUUGCCUCAGGCAUAGUUGGAUGCCCAUCUUGCAUUGUCCAAGUAAUUGAG